AUGGAAGUCGAGGACGAAAAAUCCUCCCACGCGUGGGUCACGAAGCACGGGCGAAAAUCCCGUGACCCGACCUCGAGGACGAGGAACUCCCCUGCAGCCCCAGCGCUGGUCCCUGAGGCCAAGGAGAGGAGCUCCAAAGCCGAGGGGAAACUGCCGAAAGGCAGGAAGGCGAAGAGGGAGGAGACGCCAGGGCGGAAAAACCCUGAGAGGAGAGACCCGGAUGCUGAGGCGAGGGAGGUGUAUGCCCAGGUACUUCAGCACGGAGGGGAGGGAGCCACAGAGGCAGUUGGGGUGCAAAUCCCCAAACAUAAGGCCUCUGAAGACGAGAGGAUGGUCCAGGAAUCUCCACUCGUCGACAGCACCCCCGGUGUAGAGGAGACCCGCAGAGUGGCCAAGCAGCUCCCAAUUCCCGCACGCCUGUGCUGGAAUUGCAGGAAGGCCGACCUGAGAAAGCUGCAAAAGCAGCUCAAGACGGAGAGGAGGGCCGAAGUAGCAGAAAGUGUCGCCCCGCCCCCCGCAGAAACCGCCUCACGCACACCCAGGAGCAGGGCCGAGACACGUCCCCAGCCGAGGCGAAGGGAAGGCCCCAAUUACGUGGUGCAGGGAGAAAGACUCCCAACUCCAGCCGAGAGGGUUGAGAGACACCCCGCAGGACAAACCCGGGAGUGGAGAGUCAGGCCCUGCAAACUCCGAAGGAAGGAGAGAAGAAACCUGGAGCGAGCUGCGAAGCUCGCACUCCAGGAGGAGGCAGACAAGGAGGGUGCAAUCCCCUCUGAAGCUAAAGGAAAGACAGAAGAGGAGGCCAUGGAGGAAUGCCCCUAG